GACCGCUGUCCCUUUGCUGGAGUUUCUGUGUGGGGUUGAACCUUGAACCAGCCCUUUACUGCCUGGAUCCUCAACCCAAGUCUGGAGCGGUGGGGUGCUCUGCUAGCAGGGUGGCUGCCCGCCUUCUGCUCUGCCCACCUUUCCUGACUGUACAUCCAUCUCGCAGAGAUUUUGUCCGGAUUGAAGACAAGGCUCUCCGCCUCACCUCUCCAUCUCCCGUGCCGGAGUCGGGACCUGACACGGACCCCGGCUGAGGAAAAGCCCCAGUAGGCCCUGUGGUGGACUCUGGCUUCUCCUGGCUAUUAAGACCCUCACUCCUGAGGGCUAGGAGCGGGGCAGGACCAGUGGUCUGAGGCCGGCGCCUCCCCCCAGCUUCUCUGGACAAGAUGGCGGCCAAGCAGCCCCCACCCCUGAUGAAGAAGCACAGCCAGACGGACCUUGUGAGCCGCCUGAAGACGCGGAAGAUCCUGGGCGUGGGCGGGGAGGACGACGAUGGUGAGGUGCACCGCUCCAAGAUCAGUCAAGUCUUGGGCAAUGAAAUAAAAUUUACAGUCCGGGAGCCUCUGGGGCUCAGGGUCUGGCAGUUUGUGUCUGCUGUCCUCUUCUCUGGCAUUGCCAUCACGGCCCUCGCCCUACCUGACCAGCUCUAUGAUGCAGUCUUUGAUGGAGCCGAGGUGACCAGCAAGACCCCCAUCCGCCUCUAUGGCGGCGCCCUCCUCAGCAUCUCCCUGAUCAUGUGGAACGCUCUGUACACGGCCGAGAAAGCCAUCAUCCGGUGGACUCUGCUGACUGAAGCCUGCUACUUCGGCAUCCAGUUCCUGGUGGUCACCGCCUCAUUGGCCGAGACGGGUCUCGUGUCCCUGGGCGUCCUGCUGCUCCUGGCCAGCCGCCUCCUCUUUGUGGGCAUCAGCAUUUACUACUACUACCAAGUCGGCCGCAGACCCAAGAAAGUCUAGGGGGCGGGGGCGGGGCCGGCCUGGCGUUCAGGGGUGUGGCCUCCCUCCGGGAGCCCAGGGCUCCCUGGACCUGCCAAGUGCUGGGAAUUUAGGUUUGAGGUGCCGGUGUGGGGAGGGAGGGGACCAGUAUCCCUAUUCUCCAUCCCCACAUGUGAGGAUGCCUCCUUGUCUAAAGCCUCCUGGCCUCCGCCAGCAGCAGACACGGACUGGAGGGCAGGCCCGUGGGGUUGGGGGCAGAAGCAGAGGUCCUGCUGGAGGAACUUUGUAUCUUUUGGGAAACGUACCAGGGGCUGCCGCCUCCUUUCCUCCCUGGCUGGUCUAGUGAACGUGGCGCCUGCCUGGCAAGCCCCCUGCCCCUUCUUUACCUGUGCUCUUUACAUGAACACACAUCUCUUGGCCGCCUGGCCCUGGGCAGGUAGACCAGAGGGACCUGGCCCUGUUUCCACCACCAGCCUGGCCCAGUGGGAACUCUCCUUAGCUCUGGCCACUCACCUCCAGUGCCCUAGAAGUCCCUUGAGUUUGGCAGGUACCAGCAGGUACAGGCUGUCCCAGACAGAUGGACGGAGGUGAUGCCAGGUGGAGGCCACCUGGAAGUGGCUGGGUUUGGAGGCCAUCUCCUCCAGCAUCUGAUGCUCAUGACCCCUCCCAGGUCCCACCUGAGGUCGCAGCUGACAACUGGUUCCCCCAGAGCUGAACACCUCCUGCCCUGCUCCUCCCUGAAGGUCCACCUGCCCAGGCAUCCUCCUUGGCCCCUGCCUCCUGCGCUUGCCUUCCCUCCUGCCCAGGAGGAGGUGGGUAGAGUGGCCAGCAGCAGCCUCAAGCCCAUUCCUGCCCUUCCUGAGCCUGGCUGCCACCCCAGCAGGUCUCUGCAUGGCUUCCUGGGAACCUGCCCUAUGCCCUGCAGCCACACACCCAGUCACGAUCUGUGACCAACAGGGUGGCACCCUGGUUGCCCAGCUGGGGAGGAGGUCCAACGGCUACCCCAGGCUCUGCUGAGCUGGACUGGGGAGGGGCCUUGCUCUCCUGGCACCCAUCUCUGGCACUACCACACAUCCUCCCCCCUGCUGCCAUGCCUGGACUGCCUGAGAAUCUGCCGCUGCCUUUGGGUGCAGGUGCAAGACAUCCAAUGGGCAGUGCCCCUGGCUACAGUGUCCGCCCGAGCCAGGCCUUCGGACUCAUGAGGGAUUCCCAGAAGCAGCGUCGAUGGCAGGCAGAUUCUGUGUGAGGACGCAGGUCCUUGCCCCGGGUUGUUCCGUGGCCCCUAUGGAGUGUGUUGUGGACCACGGGGAUCCUCGUGGCUAAGUCUCCCUUCUCCCCCAUGGAAGGAGACCACCGGCCCGUCUAGCCCAUCUCAGUCUGCAAGCUCUGCUCAGCCUGUUCAGCCUCAGUAAUGGCAGGCUCCUCCGGGCCGGUGGUGGCUGUGCAGGAGGCCCAUUGGCUGGGACUUGAACCCACUGUUUCUAUGCGGAAGGGGAGAAUUCGACCAUGGAACCACUGCGGCUCUAGGAAGGCGGACACGCCAGCUUUGGGGUCAGUUUUGCAUUGAGCAUCUGCUGGGGCCAAACCAGCUAAGCCUCCAAUCUCCCUGGGGCCAAACCAGCUAAGCCUCCAAUCUCCCUGUGUAGAAGGGCUGUCUGGGCGCUGGCCCAGCAGUGCUCAGGAAGCAAGUUGCUUAAUUCAACACUGUAGUGGAGCUGGUGGGCAGGACGUUAGGGAUGGUCGUGUGGGGUAAGGCUUGGUGGGACAUGAACAGUGACGGAUGGGCCAUGUGGGGUACAGCUCGCUUUCAGGCUUGGGAUGACCUGGAAUACCAUGCCUAUAGCCCACCCCUGUGACCAGACCCCCGCAUCCUCGAGCCAUGCUCCUGCCUUAGCUCGGCUGCCCCACCCCAAAUUAAGACCACCUUCUUCAUAGUCACUAUUUAUUCUUCGUUCCAGUCUCUUUUCGUAAGAAACUCAUACACACACACACACACAAAAAAAACAAAAAACAGUGUAAAACCA